UUGUUUACUUGUUUCCAGUCGGAUGUGUUUUCACAGUAUUGUUCUUGUGGAAACGGAAGUUUCAUUGCUGUUGGCGCGGGCAAUACGUUUUUUGACGAAAUGAAUGUAAGCAUUUUGUAAGUAUACUAAUUGGAAUAAGAAAAUAAUGGACAGGUACGUGUUGUGUGUCAUUUGCAACACAAAUGAUACUUUUGGGAAAGACGGCGAAGAUGUUCCUGGACUGACAGCAGCUUGUAAUAUUUAUGAAUUGUUGAAAGCGAACUCCAGUAUCUCUACCAAAUCAAAGAGGUCAUCAUUUCCAGCCUGCUCCCUCAGCGGUGUUCCUGCUACACAGAGGUGUUAUUUUGCAAUUCAGGCAUUACAUGGAAAUUCACAGUUCUGCAGCUCAGAAUGGGAAGAAAUCAUCUCCACAUUACCCAAAAAUGAUAGGGAAGAGUUGUGUCAAACAGCAAUCGAGUCCUGUCAGAAUGCUAUUCAGAGCUAUGAGGAAGAAGAGGACCCCGCAGAAUCCCAAUCCAAGACAAUGCUGUUCGAAGAGGCUGCUGAGAGUUUGCACCAGCUAUCGGACAAGCUUCCCCCUCCAGGGAAAGCUCUCUUGGAUAUUAUUUUAUUGGCCAUUGAUAAUGAGGCACCCAAACUGAAAGAAUUCCUCCCAGUUCUCGGGUCACUGAAGCAUAUGAAAGAGUGGCAUUCUGCAAAGAUAACCAUUGCAGCAAAAGAAGCAAUAGGGUGGCAGAGACCUGCAGCUUACUUGUCGGCAUGUUUUUCUGAUCCUGAACAACUUGAAAGUUGCAUCGAGAUGAGCGAAAUAUGGCGGGGAAAUGUCUUAAUUCGUGAGAAAAAGUUUGCAUCAGAGGUCAAGUUUUCAGGAUUCAGCUUAAAAGGUGCCUGUAGAAGCUCAUGGAGUAGUUUACUGUGUCCGGAUGCUUCAGAGACUGACAGUCAGACUUCGGGAACCAAUAAACUGUAUUCAGAGGUAUUCCAUUAUUACAAGCCGGUGUUAGGUCUGAUACAGCUGGUGUCUGUCUCCGACCUGCCAAUCUACUUUUGCUCCAGCACAGAGUUUGAACUCUGUGUAUCAAAAGCUGAGAGAGGCAAAUCGAAGCUUCUUUUGGACCACCUUGCUACUCUGCAGGGGAAGGUAGGAGCUUUGUUCACUUUGUCCUGCACUGUAAGCAGUAUGGCAGUCCCUCCAACAAGUCAGUUAAGCACAAGGAAAUGGAAAGAAUACAUAGCUAAGAAGCCAAAAUUAAUGUCCGCUCCAGAAAUUGAAAUGAAAGGAGAAAACUGUAACUAUUUCCUUCUGGUCCAGGGCAAAGAAAACGGUGGUUGCAAGGCGAGACUGAUUCACUCAGCUACUCAGAUUAAUGGAGCUGCUGCUCUGGUCACAUUAAAUGGACUGCUCAAUAGGAAGCCGCUACCAGAGGGAGAUCUGGAUGUGGCUGCACUGCUGGGGUCUCUGCCUCGUCUCCGCGGUGAACAGCUGAUUCGGAGAGAAAAGAAGCUGGCUCAGAUUCAGUUGCUGGUCCUGAAGGAAUGCUUGCGAAUAAGAGAGAAGAACAAGAAGCCUGCGUCCAUUCCAGUCAGUGACCUGAAGGUUCUGUUAGCACUUGCUAGGGAGCAAUACCUAAAAGUGCACGAUGCAAACUUUCCUAAAACUGUUCUUCAUGAGGAGAACUUCCUGAAGGAGAAUUGUGAGAAAAAGUAUCCUGGAUGUGAUGUAACACGUGUGAGUUCCACAGAGUGUUCUGAGAGAAGCGUCCUUCAGAACUUUGAAAACUUGGAAAGAAUCAGACAGAGGAUGAGGACAGGCAUAAUGUUGGCAGGAUCAGAGUCUUUGCUGGGGCCCAAGGAUCGACAGAGGUUACCUUUGGCUCAGCUGGAUGCUAAAGAACUGCUGAAAUACUUCACACCUGAAGGCCAACCAAGUGGUGAACUCCAGCCAUUGCAGAUCCAGAGAGGGGAGAAUGCUUUCCAUAUGUCCCCUGAUUUGACACCUCGUAAAGUGCAAAAACUGCUGUUUGACAAGGCAGCCAACUCCCAUUAUCACGGGAUUGAAUUCUGCUUGGAUGACAGAAAAGCUUUGGAGAAAGAUAAGGGGUUUGUAAAACUUCAGUCCCGACUUAUCCGAUACGAGACCCACACAACAUGCACAAAAGAGUCCUGUCCGAUCCCAUUCGCACUAAGUCCUGUGCCAUCCCCCGCAGUCCUGUCUGAGCCUGGGAGUGUUCCUGACGGGGAGGCAUUCCAGUUCGAGCAGAAGGGAGAGCUGACUAGACAGAAGCGCAGGUCCAGGGAAGUGGACAGUGGGCCUCUAAAUAAGAGACUUGCUAAAUCUGAGAGCACGGAUUCCCUUCUGUCACAGUAUAGUGGCAGCAGUGGACCCCACCAUUCUGUUUGUACCCUGAGAGAUCAGCCCCAGAGGCCUGUGUCCGUGUCCUCUGCUUCAAGGAGGCAGCAUGGCGCUGCUGCUCAGAAUUCCAUAGCAAAAGCAGUGAACCCAAGUCGAGGAAGAACCCAGGAACAUGAAAAUGCAGAACAGAGCAAAGAGUCUCGGUCUCAAAAGCAUGCUCGGAUGCUGAAAGAAGUUGUUGCAAAAACACUAAAACUUCAUGGAAUUGCUGCCGAACACAAGUGCUUUGCAGCCUGCAGCCAACGCCUUUUUGAAAUAUCUAAGUUUUAUCUAAAGGAUCUGCAAACCUCCAGAGGUCUACAUGAGGAAAUGAAGAAAGCUGCCAAAAGUAAUGCAAAACAGGUAAUUGACUGGGUGUUGGAAAAGACUUCUAAAAAAUGACACUCCUCUACUGAUGGGACUUUUGUGAAUGUGUAAUAAUCAGUUUGCUGUUUGUACUCAUUGUGUUAAUGAAAGGCUGUUUGUCUUCCAGUUGCAGUAACAGCAUUAAAAGGAAUUAGCAAAAGCUUAGUGGAAAGAAUGUUGAAUCUAGGAUCUUGAAUUUGGGUGUUGACUAUUAAGUAGUACAACAUAUUGUAGUAAUUUAAAAAGUAUAAACAGAUGUCAGAUUUUUUAUACUGUCCCUUUUUGUCAUUAUGCUGUGUGCAUAUUUUUGUACCGUCUGUAAUAAAAGUAUUUCAUGCAAUGGGAGUGUUUGUUAAUAAAGCAUUUUAUCAUAAAAUGAGAAUUAAACAAAACAACUCAAAAUAAAACUGGUAUCGUAUUUUUAUUUUAGCACUUGAUUUUAGAUACAAUCAAUGAUAUCAAGCAGUACUUGCAAAUUUAAUGAAAAUCUAUGCUAGCAUUUGAGCUUUUUAGAGCAAAUCAGAGAGAUUAAACAUUGCAAACAAAUUGGCCAGUGUAAAGUUCACAUCCUAUUUAUAGUCUGAUUUUAGAAAAAAACAGCAGGCUUUAAUUCCCUAACAUUGUUCUUUUUUGCAGAUGGUUGUAAUUACAGUAUGUAGAUUGUAAACUAAAGUUAAAGGCACAUCCAUUUUUUCCUAAGUAAACAAUUAAGCAGAGAACAGUAGGCAUGCAAUGCAAUUUUUGUUAACAUAUCACUUAAGGUAUUUUGAAACAGUUCUGUGAUAAGUCACUGCUGCCAGGAAAGACUGUCAAAAUGCACCCACUCCAAGGAGAAUUAUGAAGAAAAAUAUGUCCCUGUGGACUUUUUUCAUUGUUUUUUGAACCUGUCAAGAGUCAUUUGUAAAUAUACAAAUAUAUAUUUGCAUAGAGGAGAUAAGUUUAAGUCAAAAUAUUCUGUUUGUGUUAAGACUUUACGGGGACAUUUUUUGUGUUCUUUUAGUGCAUUAUAGCAGAAAGCUGAGAAUGUAAAUAUAUCUGGCUCCUCUUUUUUGUAGAAUGUAUGUUUGCAUGUAAAUAUACCUCAGUUCAUUAUUCAAGUUGCAGAGUAAAAAAAAAAAAAAAAGUAACUUUAGUAAAA